AUGAUUGUAAUCAGUGACUUGAACGAUGACAAUGUGCUAGAUAUUGCUGUUGCCAGCAUUGGCUUUGAUGUUGUGGGUGUCUUUUUCGGAUACGUAGAUGUAAGCGUUAUAGAACAGACAGCAUAUUCGACUAGAACUGGCUCUGAUCUGAUCGCAGUCGCAAUUGAAGAUUUUAAUACGGAUAAUAAAUUGGAUAUUGUAGUAGUCGAUUUUCUAGAUGGGAACAUUGUGGUACUUCUUCAAAAUGGUAGUCGACCUUUUCAAAAUAUCGCUGUUGCAAACUUUGUUUCGAAUGAUGUUAGGAUACUUCUUGGAUAUGCCAAUGGAAAUUUUUCUAUUCGAGCUUCAUAUUCAACUGGAGAUUUAUCAGGUCCGCCCUCUAUAGCUAUUGCUGAUUUCAAUCGAGAUUGUUUUCUUGGCAUUGCUGUUGCUAAUUGGAACUCUAAAGAUGUAGUUUUAUUAUAUGGAAAGGGUGAUAGUACUUUUGAAAAGCCAUAUUCGUAUUUGAUGGGCUACGGUUCUGUAAUAUCUACGGUAGCUAUUGAUGAUUUUAAUAGAGACAACUGGACUGAUAUUUCGGUGGCUAAUUAUGGCACUAGUCAUACUGGAAUUCGUUUGCAGACAUGCGAUAAUAUCUAA